UUUUUUUUUCACUUUAUUUCGCGGGGAACUCGUUCACUCCCAAAAAGGUUGCUUUUCUUUACUGUUUCCAAACUUUUUAACAUCACAAUCAUGGCAGCUGACGCAGGAACCAAAGCCGGUGGAAAUCAAGCGAUCAAAGAUUGUGCCAGUGGCACCGUAGGUGGUAUCCUUCAGGUUCUCGUUGGCCAGCCUUUCGAUACCGUUAAAGUGCGUCUGCAAACUCAAUCGACCACCAAUCCCAUUUAUAAGGGCAUGAUGGAUUGUGUUCAGCAAAUUAAAGCCAAAGAAGGGUUUGCAGGUUUCUACAAGGGAACAAUGACGCCUCUUGUCGGUAUCGGUGCCUGUGUUUCUAUCCAGUUCGUGGUGCUCGAAUUUAUGAAGCGCCGAUUCUCCGGCUCCUCGGGUGAGUCGUUGACGAAUGGACAGUUCUACAUUGCUGGCGCCACCAGUGGUAUUGCCAAUUCCGUGGUGUCCGGCCCCGUCGAACAUAUUCGUACUCGUUUGCAGGUUCAGCGUGAAGGCGGAUUCAAGGGUCCCAUCGAUUGUAUUCGACAGAUCUACCGUAGCCAUGGUUUGGCCGGCAUUUACAAAGGACAGGCGAUCACCAUGGCAAGAGAAGCUCAAGGUUACGGUGCUUACUUUUUCGCUUAUGAAUGGCUGGUGAAGAAAUCGAUGGAACGAUCCGGUUUGAAGCGAUCGGAAUUGCCUACCUGGCAAGUGUGUUUGUUCGGUGCGGCGGCCGGUUACGCCAUGUGGUUCACCAUUUAUCCCAUGGAUGCCGUCAAAUCGAAAUUGCAGACAGAUGGUCUGGAUGCCGCCACCAAGAAAUACUCGUCCACCUUGGAUUGCAUCCGUAAAACCAUGGCCGCCGAAGGCGCCGCAGGCUUCUUCCGCGGUAUUGGUCCCUGUUUGCUCAGAGCCGCUCCUUGCAAUGCUGCUACCUUCUUAGGUUUCGAAAUGGCCAUGCGUGUGAUGAGCUCCGCUUAGAGUCGUUCGUUUUCCAUCGAUAUCUCCUACAUUUUAUUUAUAGAUAGGCAACCUACACACACAAUACAUCCGAUCCACACACAUCCACAUUACAUACAAGAUACAC